AUGAGCACGUCUUCACAUUUUCACAUGCUAAUAAAGUACAGAAAUGAGUUUGUGAGAAUUCGAGAGCAAAUCAAAGAGAGAGAAAGAGAAAGAGAGAAAGAGUCGUUACAAGGUCAAAGAAUGGAAAAGAUUACUGAUAUCAGCAAUGAAAAACAGCAUUGUGGCAAAAAUUCCUGGAGUCUUGAGCUGAGGAGUAAACUGGAAUCCUAUUUACCUGUGGCCCUGAAAUCACAAGAAAAACCCAAGCUUUAUAUUUUAUAUAAAAAUGGACCGGAUAUUGUUGAAAAAGAAAGAAAGAGACACACAGAACAAUUAAAACUGCUGCAGCAUCAGCUUUCAGAAGUUGAGAAAAGAUCUUCACAGUACUUCAAAAGAUUUUCUAAAGUACAGAAUGACUACCAUAGACUAAUAGGCAUAGCAGCAGAACUUGUGGACUCCUUAGAGGAUUGUGUCCGAGGGAAAAUGGUAACCCCUGAAUAUCUUCAAGACAUUUGUUUAAGAUUGUUUAGUAACUCUAUGCAAGACUCUAUUGAUGUCACUAAACCAGGAACUGCCAGUUCUAUGCUGAGAGCUUCAAUAGCUGUAAAUCCUCAAAGUGUUUCAGAUAGUAAGGAGAGUCCUUCUCUUAUAUCUCUGGACUAUGACAAGAUCAAGAAAGAUUUACUGGUCCUUAAUGAACGUCCUCUAAUCUUCCUUCUCCAAGCACUGAGAUGGAGGCUGACUAAUGCACCAAAUAUUGAAAAGAGAGAUGCAAGCAUAACAGCCUAUAUAAUCCAUGAUGUGAUUGGUUUAUCUACAACAGACAAAGAGGAUGAUAUUCUGGGUCUACUCAUCCAUUCAAAUGAUACUGUCAGACAAUACAUGGCAAGACUACUCAAUUCAAUGGGAUCAUUUUCAGCUGGGCGUACAUACUUUGCUGGAAGUACAGAGGUUUUGCAGGCUUUGUACACAUCACUGAUGACUGAACCAAGGACCUCGCUGACCAGUGAAAAUGUUCUUGGAACUUUACAGAAACURAGUUUAAGGAGAAAUCUUCAGUCCAUYAUGAUAGAAAAGGACCUGAUUCAAUGGCUGGUUACCCUGCUGGACGACCAUGACUCACUAACAGACUAUACUCUAGAGUAUUCUGUUGCUCUUCUUAUGAAUCUGUCUUUGAGAUCAUCAGGAAAACGAAAGUGCAUCAAUAACUCAGCACAUGUUCUSAAAGUCCUUAGUGAUCUACUGGGACACGAAAAUCAAGAGAUAAGGCCAUAUAUCAAUGGUGCACUGUACAGCAUCCUGGCUUUACCAGCGAUUAAGGAGGAAGCCAGAGCAAUGGGCAUGGAGUCAAUUCUGGAAUGUUUUUUGAAUGACGAGAAUGCAGAUAUGCAAAGGCAGAUACAGUUUAUCAUCAAACAACUUAAUACAGAGAAUCCUCUGGCAACAAAUGAUCCCCAUUCUGAUGACGAAGAUGAAGCUGAUGAUGACGAUGAAGAAGAUGCCAUAGACAUUGAUCACAGUAAACAUGAAAUGAUUCAACCUUUGAGUGGUGAACUUACUGGAGAAGACUUGCUUACAUCAGAGUACGCACUGGGGAGAAGCCCAAGAAAACAGCCUAAGUUCAAAAAUAAGCUGGCUAGUGACUUGGGUCCAGACCAUCCUCUUACAAGACCUACAACACCAGGGUUUAAGYCUUCAGACUCCAUUCAAUCAGUACAAGAUGUUGAGUCUAGACCAGGAACUACUACACUACAGCAAAGUCAGGUUCGUCCCCCAACAUCGUCCAAUUCAAGGCCUUCAUCAAGGUCCAGACCUCCUUCCAGCACUAUGCCUCCUGGCUAUAAUGAUAAUGAUCGAGGAUCACAAAGCAGCAGACAGUCAGACAAGAAAGGGUCAUCUCUUAAAGAUCCUUUUGCAUCCAGGCCUAAAAUACCACGUGACAUGAAUGAACCACAGUCUCGAGGACCAGCUUCAUCGACUCCGCCAUUAGCGCGAUCCAUGUCACCAACCAGAUCUUUAUCCAGUACAAGCCGACCAGGAUCUGGUCAUCGAAAAUAGAUGUUGGAAAGCGUACAGCAUCAUGUAUCUCAGGACAGACUAACAGUCUUUACGAGAGAUUUUUAAAUUAUUUCAUUCUAUAUUGAAAAAGAAAUCGUCAUCGUAUAAUUACAAAUAUCAUUAAUAAUAUAUUGUAGAUAU